AUGGAAAUGCAUGAUCCGAGGGGCCAAGCAGACCAGACUUACGGCUACUUAGCCGAGGGAACUGAUUCUGUGGGCUUGGGUAGAAGCAGUGAGCAGAAGCCAGCCGUACGACAGGAAUUUAGAGACAUGAAGGAAAAAAGCAAGUUUCUUCGUAGCAUUGAGUACGCAGACGAGGCUGAGGAAUUUAUCAAGAAGGAAAUGCCCGGGUACUAUGUUAAUUGUCACAAUCAGGUGAGGGUGCGACUGAACAAGAAGCGUCAGCGGGCUGUCCCGGGCUAUCAUCAGAAGCCCUGGAAACUUCCCCGGGCACUCCAGCAGUGGCAGCACAAUAUUACCGCGAAUGAAGGGCGUCCAUCGGUGCUCCUACUGGUUGGGUCUUACAAGACAGGCAAAACCGAGUGGGCGAAGAGCUUUGGAAGGCCCGUCGAGAUGACACGGAUAUUGGAUCCUAACGCCUUUGCACAUGACAGCACCCACCUGGUCAUGAAUGACAUUGUAUGGGGUGUCAGAGCUUACUCUGGCCCCUGGGAAGAGAUUUUGAGCUGCAAGGAGUCUUUCGAGAUGAAAUGCAAGGGUCGGAAGAAUAAGAAGACGGUCACCUUUGGCAAGCCGGUAAUCGUGACUAGCAACAGUGACAAUGAUCCCAGGAAGAAUCCAUUGGUUGCCGAGCUGUUCAAGGGUAAGCACGUUGUGGUCGUUGAGUUGAAAAAGAACAAGCUUCUUUUUGAGAAUUGA